GGAGGGGACGGGGACACGGACGGGGACACGGACGGGGACAGGGACGGGGACAGGGACGGGGACAGGGACGGUUGGCCCCGUUCGGCCCCGUUUGGCUCCCUUCGGCCCCGCUCGGCCAUGGCGAGGCGGGCGGCGGCCCCCGCCAGGCCCCUGGGGGAUGAUUUCUCCUUCGUGAGCCCGGUGGUGAAGUACGUGCUCUUCUUCUUCAACCUGCUCUUCUGGAUGAUCUCCAUGGUGAUGGUGGCCGUGGGGGUCUACGCCCGGCUGCUGAAACACGCAGAGGCAGCCAUGGCCUGCCUGGCGGUGGACCCCGCCAUCCUCCUCAUCGUGGUCGGCGUCCUCACCUUCCUCAUCACCUUCUGCGGCUGCGUCGGCUCCUUGCGGGAGAACAUCUGCCUGCUGCAGACGUUCUCUGCCUGCCUGACCGUCGUGUUCCUCCUGCAGCUGGCGGCCGGCGUGCUGGGCUUCAUCUUCUCCGACAGGGCGCGAGGGAAGGUCAGCGAGAUCAUCAACGGGGCCAUCGUGCACUACCGGGACGACCUGGACCUGCAGAACCUCAUCGACUUCGGGCAGAAGGAGUUCAGCUGCUGCGGGGGCGUGUCCUACAAGGACUGGUCCCAGAACAUGUACUUCAACUGCACCGCCACCAACCCCAGCCGGGAGCGCUGCUCCGUCCCCUUCUCCUGCUGCCUGCACGACGCCAACCAGACCGUCAUCAACACCAUGUGUGGCCACGGGAUGCAGGACAAGGGCUACCUGGAGGCCAGUGCCUUCAUCUACACCAACGGCUGCAUCGACAAGCUGGUCAACUGGAUCCACAGCAACCUGUUCCUGCUGGGGGGCAUCACCCUGGGGCUGGCCCUCCCCCAGCUGGUGGGCAUCAUCCUGGCUCAGCUCCUCAUCAACCAGAUCCGAGACCAGAUCAAGCUGCAGCUCUACAACCAGCAGCACCGGGCAGACCCCUGGUACUGAGCCGGCGUCCGUCCGUCCCACGGCACAGCGGCGGCUCCCGGCACCUCAACAGCCAUUUUCCCAACCCUGGAUCCAUGGGAAGAGCUGAGGGGGCUUUGCUGGAGAAGAGGGAGGUAGGAGCAGGCUGUGGAUCCGUGGUGGCCGCUGUGCUGCGGAGAGGGACGCGCAGGGACACUGGAGACUCGGUGCCUUUGGCAGCCGGUGCCGGGCUCAGCCUGGAUGUGUCGAGCUGCUGUGCCCUGUUUUGGGGCCUGACCCAGCCCCAGUCUGUCUGUCUGUCUGUCUGUCUGUCUGUCUGUCCUGCUGGGGCACAGGUCAUGCACAAAGGUUUGCACUGGGAUGUGCUUCCCAUCUCUGCGUGUGCUGGAGAUGGGUAUUUGUCUGUCUGUCUGUCUGUCCAUGCACCGAGCUGCCUUUGCCCAAGGUGGGCUCCAGAACUGGGGACAUUCCCACCAUUGCCAGGUGCCACCAACCCUGUCGGUUCCAUCUCAGUGUCCCGGACAGGGCUGGGAGCAGGAGCCGUCGGCACAGGAGGGCUGAUCCAUGAGUGCUUCCUCAGCUGAGGGUGGAGGUCCCAUCUGUGCUCGGGGUGCUGGGCCCCUCCAUAAGGUGCUGAGCCCCUCCACAGGGAGCUGGGCCCCUCCACAGGGUGCUGAGCCCCUCCACAGGGAGCUGAGCCCCUCCAUAGGGUGCUGGGCCCCUCCACAGGGUGCUGGGCCCCUCCAGAGGGAGCUGGGCCCCUCUAUAGGGUGCUGAGCCCCUCCAUAGGGUGCUGAGCCCCUCCACAAGGAGCUGGACCCCUCCACAGGGUGCUGAGCCCCUCCACAGGGAGCUGAGCCCCUCCGCAGUGUGCUGAGCCCCUCCACAGGGAGCUGGGCCCUUCCACAGGGAGCUGGGCCCCUCUGUAGGGUGUUGAGUCCCUCCACAGGGUGCUGGGCCCCUCCACAGGGAGCUGGGCCCCUCCAUAGGGUACUGAGCCCCUCCACAGGGAACUGGGCCCCUCUGUAGAGUGCUGAGCCCCUCCACAGGGAGCUGGGCCCUUCCACAGGGAGCUGGGCCCCGCAUGGAGUCAGUGCCAGGCUGUGAAGUUCCCUUGGCUUUCAUGGAGAAUAAAGAGACGAGUCCGGACGCUCCGAUCCCUGCGGGGCUGCGCGGGGGCUGCUGGAUCACGGUGGGGGGGACACCCUGGAUGGGGACAGGGGGAGGCCAUCCCCAACCCGUGCCCUUAUCCCGUGCCAUAUCCCACAUCUCCCUCCCCAGACGAGGAAGGGGAAGGAGGCGAGGGGCAGCAGAGCCUGCGGGAAGCGGAGCAGCAGCUCAACCCCGGCCCCGCCGCCGCGUUCCGGAGCUGUCGCAAACCGUGGGUGGAGUUUUUUGGGAUUAUUUUUUUUUUUUUUUUUCCCCCCUUCUAAUUUUCCCUUCUGCUCAGGCUGGGUGGUCCCUCCCGCGGAGGGAGUCGGGAUGCGGCCCAGCUCCAGCUCUUUGUGUGCGGGCCGGGAGGCACCGGCGGCUCUCCCAAAAAAAAAGAAGAAAAAAACACCAACCCCGUUCUCUUCCCCAAAAAUCCGCCUCGUUCCCCCCCCCGCCAAAAGGGGGGUUGUUACCCCAAAAAAAACCAUUUCUCCCCCCAAAAGUGAUUGUUCCUCUGAGGAACGACAGCUCCCCAUGAA